ACGUCAACAUUGGGUUUUUGUGUACAAUAUUUUGCAUUCCACGUCACUUUUUACAUCUUUUUGAAUUUUUCGCUAAAAACUUGUGAAAAGUGAAGAAAUUUGUGCAUAAAACGAACAUAUUUUAGCAUUUUACGUAAAACGAACAUUUGUGGAGCAAAAUGAGCCGUCAAGCGAAUGAAGUGAACGAGUUAUUCGAUGUUAAAAAUUCCUUCUACAUCGGCAACUAUCAGCAUUGCAUCAAUGAGGCCAACAAAAUCGGCAAACCAUCGCUGGAGAAAGACGUAUUCCUCUAUCGGGCGUACAUUGCUCAGCAUAAAUACCGGGUCGUGUUGGACGAAAUUAAGCCCGGCAAUGACACUCCCCUGUUGGCCCUCCGGUUCUUGGCCGAGUAUCUUUCGAACAAAUCACGCAAGGAGGCAAUUGUGGAUCUUUUCGAUGAAAAGUUCAAAGGAGAUAUCAAUGCGUUGGAUGUGAUUUGGAUCAUUGUCGGUGCUACCAUCUAUUGCAACGAAGGAAGCUACGAAUCUGCUCUUAAAAUCCUGCAAGGCAAUUUCAAUUUAGAGUGCUUAUCGCUGCAGUUAGAAUGCCUGCUGAACAUGUCGCGAGUCGAUCUGGCCAAACAAGUAUUGCAAACCAUGCAGGAGAAAGAUGACGACGCUACGCUUACACAACUUUCCCAAGCCUGGUUGAACAUCCAACUCGGUGGCGAAAAGCUGCAGGAUGCAUUCUUUAUCUUCCAAGAUUUCUGUGACAAAUUUUCACCGUCUUUGCUGUUGCUGAAUGGACAAGCCGUUUGCUACAUCGGCCAACAAAAGUAUGAUGAUGCGGAGAACGUUCUGCGGGAGUGUUUGAAUCGGGACCCGAAUAAUUAUGACGCGUUGAUUAACUUGCUAGCACUGUCGCAGCAGAAGGAGAAAACCAACAGCCAAUUCAAUCGGUACCUCUCGCAGGUUUUGGACGAGCAUAAGGACAGUGCCCUGGUGUCCACAUACAACAAAAAGCAGUCUGAGUUUGAACGAUUGGUGAUGCAGUAUGGACCGUCAAAUAAUAAGUCUAUAGAAGAUAUCGUCGUUUAGAUGAAUAUUUCUCAAAUAUCUGUGUAUUCGAUAACUAAUGGAAAAUAAACUUAUAAAUUAAAUAAUUCA